AGAUUCCGUACCGUGGGGACCCGUUGUCAUCAAACUGGGCGGACACCCAUAUAAAGCCAAACUUUUUCAGGAAUUGCCAUUCAUUUGUUUACUCAUCAUCAGGAAAGACUAACCGGAUAUAGCUUAAUUUUUCACCCUGAAAUGGUGAAAGUCAUUCACACUGCUGUUAUGAAGACAAACUCGCAUAGUAUCGACGGUAUCCUUGGUAACAAGACAGAAAUGACGCCAUCAUCUCCAUAUAAGGAAGAAGAUCUCAGCGAUGAGAGUGGUAAAGCUGAAGAAAACAACCUAGGCCAGGAGCAGCUGACGGAACAGGCUGCGCAGGAACCGCCCAAAAAGAAGAAGACGAGGUACAGGACAACGUUUACUGCGUACCAACUUGAAGAAAUGGAAAAGGCUUUCGAGGCGGCGCCCUAUCCAGAUGUGUUCAUGAGGGAGGACCUGGCCAUGAGGAUUGGUUUGAGUGAAUCGAGGGUCCAGGUGUGGUUUCAAAACAGACGCGCAAAAUGGCGGAAGAACACGCCAAAGAAACCAGUGAAUUAUUCCGUACCAACGUCUUAUCCAUCCACCUCACCCUAUCCGAACGCAUACUCAGGCUACGUCAACCCAAUGGACCGAUGCUGCUUCCUGCCGUCUCCCUACGACACCGCCCAUCUCUCAGCCGCGGCCAGCCUGGCAUCAAGACUCCCAUACGUCACGCAGGUCGCAUACCCCGGCUAUCCGUCUUUGGCCGGGUCCGGAUACCCAGCCAGCUCGCUGCCGUCCGCGCUACCGCCUUCUUUACUGUCCGUCGGAAUGCCUCUCCGGGCGCAUUCGCACGGAUCACCAGACUCUCCACACACGGACACACCAAAAGAUUUACAGGGCAUCCACCCGUUGUGUUUGAAAAAGGAUUCUCCGACACUUCAGUACACGUGAUGAAAGCUUAGACUUAUGAACAAUUCGACUUUCCGAUAGGACUGCGUCAGCAAUGACGGAUGGAAGAUGUCGUGAAAUUAUGCAUAAUUAUAAUAAGACUGUUGACCGGGGUUCCAUUUCAAGACAAAAUUUCAACUGGUCACUGUCACCAUGAAAAGUUGUAUGCGCGACCACGCAUGUCAAAGUAGGCCCAGAGACGGUUGUACCACUUUUACCAAUCAUUACUAGCAUACAUAGAUAUAGUAAAUUAUCCAUCUAUCUAUUUAUUCUAGUAGUAAAUAUUCAGCCAUGACAAGCACUUGCGUUCAUCACACAACGCAACGCAUGACCCACGAGCAUGUGUCACUGAGUGCACAAUGAGUACCAGACGUGCACCAGUCACGAGCACAGGUACGAGAGCCUGACGCACCACCAGCAAAUGCACUACUCAUCAUGAGCACAGGCAUAAUCGCUAAAGGCACCAACAGCACAAGCACCAGUCACCAAAUACACUAAUAGCACAAGCACCAGUCACCAAAUGCACUAAUAGCACAAACAGCAGUCACCAAAUGCACUAAUAGCACAAGCACCAGUCACCAAAUGCACUAAUAGCACAAGCACCAGUCACCAAAUGCACUAAUAGCACAAGCACCAGUCACCAAAUGCACUAAUAGCACAAGCACCAGUCACCAAAUGCACUAAUAGCACAAGUACCAGUCACCAAAUGCACUAAUAGCACAUGCACCAGUCACUAAAUGCACUAAUAGCACAGAGUCACUAUAUACAACCACAUCACAUGUACCAGUCACUAAAUGCACCACCAGCACAUGCACCAGUCACUAAAUGCAUUAACAGUCACUAAUUCACCACUAGCACAUGCACCAGUCUCUAAUGCACCACCAGCACAUGCACCAGUCACUAAACGCACAAUCUCCACACGCACCAGUCACUAAAUGCGUGGGGUGAAAACAUUUCACUUUUCAGCUCUAACUACUUUGGUCUGAGCAAAUUAUGCAAAUGCUGCCCGAAGUGCCUUUGCCUUUUAUAAGGAUUUUUUCAUUUUGUCCAUUUUGGUCACAAAGAUUAAGAUACUGUAUUGAUGUAAAAUUAUGUUGCCCAUUUGUUGUCACAAAUGUAAUGACGCAUUUCAAAUGAAAUGAAGAUAAAUGCUUAUGUAUAGUGUAAAUAUGAAUGAAUAUACAUGUACAUGUAUUCUUUGUACCAUAAUGAAAUGGGAAAUGGCCGAAAUGUGCAAUAAUUUUAGAGAUUUCUAUGCAAAGGUUCAGUUCCUGGUGUAGUUUAGGAACACCAAAUAUAUUGGGACCAAAAAUCAGGCAAGAGGCGUUGUGGCAUCUUCACCCGUCAAUGGUUGACAUUUCCUCCGACAAUCUGGAAUCCCACCGAGGUGUGGGCAAUCGCUACCCCCUCAGUGCCCCCUGCGAUUCUUAAAGGGACAAGUUGGGCAUGAGAUAUGUUGGUUUUUCAUAAAAAAAUGGCUUCCAACUGGACCGUGACGUCUCCAAAGCAAUGCACUAGGUUGGAAUGUAACUGUAGGCUUACCUGUUAAGCGUCGCAAGCCAUGGCCAAAAAUGCCUUGCAACACAAGCGAAAAUAAUUCAUUGAAGGUUAGUUUGAUUGCUACAUGAGGCGGCGCAUGGUGGCAGGCAAGGGUAUAAUCCUAAAGCCCUCGCCCAAGUUGUCCCUUUACAGCACAAGUUAAUAAGUUAUGCCGUAGGGUGGGCUUUGGACUAGCUGGGGAAGGUUGAUUGACACUGUUCGAGAUGUUGUUGGAAGGAGAUCCAAUUAGGAUGACGCAAUGGACUGCCCCGGGAGUCUACUCAGAUGGUGGCACGCAAGGCAAUCACCGUGCUGCCAUCUGUGAGACGACCGAGUACCAAUCUAGUUGCCAGAGAAGUUCAAACUCAGGGAAUACAUUUUUGUGUGUGUAAAUAUUAUUGUUUUACAAUGUAUUAAAAUCAUGUGGCGCAUGUACUUCUUUGUAUUGUAAACGUAAUGGUAAGGGGAGGGGGACAACGUCGGAAAAUACAUGAACUGCGAGCCCACAGCUUUGCUACAAUUUGGAGUGCAUGUACUUCUCUAUAUAAACGAUAUUUCUUGCAUGCUGGUUUUUGGUGCUAUUCCUAUUGACUACCAUAUUUUUGUAUUCAUGUAUGGUUGCAUUAUGUAAACUAUUGAGAUAUCAUGACAGUGU